AUGGAUGGUCCGGCGGAAAGUCCGGUUGCCUCAACCUUUCGAGAUGCUCGCGCAGAGCUACAGAAUGCUCUGUCUGAGCUGCAAACCGACCUUGCGAGGGUGCUCGAAGAGAAGGUGUCCGACUUCCAGAUGCUUCUGGCGGAGUUGCCAUCCGAGCUUCCGGCGGGAAUUCCCAUUGUCCCUGCGCCCUCGCCCAAGCGCGACAUGACAAAGGAGUUGAUGGAAACAGGUCCUGCGGUCGAGAAGGCGGUUCGGAUUGAGGGCAUGGAGCUACACUCCGGCACAUCCGCACCUCGAUCAUCCGCCCGAUCCACCAGAGCCAGUGGCAUGAGGACCCUGGAGCAGGAACUCUUCGUGUCGAAGAAGGCUGCGACGAACUCCCAGCGAAAUUUCCGGCGCGAGAAGUCGUACGUCGGCUACGUGCAAAAGGGCUCUUUCCUCGGACUCCUCGUGGAUUCUGUUGGUUGCAGAUCAUUCUUCGAAGGAGCCCUUGGAAAAGUGGACCAGCUGCGUGCGCUGCAGGAGCCUCCCCGUAGCGGCUGCUGUGCGAAGUUGGUGCGCUCAUCCGCCUUCCAGUUCGUCACGACCGUUGUCAUUAUGGCCAACUGCCUGACUCUUCUGAUCUCAGCGAAUUGGGCGAUGGAAAACCAGAGCUUCGACAUCCCCCAGGAGUUACGGUACUUGGACCUCGGAUUUACCAUCUUCUAUGUAUUGGAGCUGCUCCUGAAGUUCUUCGUCCAUCGGCUCUUUAUCUUUUGGCGCGAGGACUGGAAGUGGAACGUUUUCGAUUUCGUGCUUGUGGCGAUGGCUGUGCAAGAGCAGGUGGUGGAGUUCCUCCUCCAAAAUGAGGCGGGCACGGUGACGAGACUGUCGUACAUGCGCUCUCUGCGGGUGGCGCGAGUGUCCAGGAUCCUCCGCUUGCUAAGAGCGAUCCGCGUGAUCCGCGAACUUCGCAUGAUGGUCUUCUCCAUCAUUAGUUCCUUUACGGCUUUGUUCUGGUGCUUGGUCCUUAUCUCCUUGGUUAUUUGCGUUUUCGCUCUGUUCUUCCUCCAGAUAUGCACCGACUACCUGAUUGUGGAGCGAGACUCAAUUGGCGAAGAUGUCUAUACUGACUUCCAAAGAACAUUUGGAUCGCUCACGAAAACGAU